AUGGCGCCCUCAGCACCCAAGCCCCAGAUUCCCACUACCUUCAGCGGACCCAUGCAGGUCAUUGGUGCCGGCCUUCCUCGCUGCGCGACCACCACCCUGAAAGAAAUGCUCGAGAACAAAACCCUCCUCAACGUCGGACCGACCAUGCACAUGAACCGCUGCCUUUCUUCACCCGCAAACAUGCGCCUUCUCUAUGACGCCCUCCGCGAAAAAGACACCCAAAAACGUCGGGCUAUCCUCUACAAGCUCUUCGCUGGGUGCGCUGCAACUGCAGAUUUCCCCGGUCAUUUGUUCAUCGAAGACCUGAUUGAGAUGUAUCCCGACGCCAAAGUGGUCCUCAACAUCCGCAAGGGCGGUGCAGACGACUGGGAAGCCAGCAUGAAAUCAACCAUCGCCCCAUUCAUGAGCUGGCAAUAUCGAGUGGCUUGCUUCUGGAGCGUCCCGGAUUACUGGCACUAUCAAUGCGAGAUCGAGUGGCAACGGUUCUGCAGGGAGAAGUUUGGCGCCGACAACUUCUGGAGUAAAGAUGUGUACGACAAGCACAAUGCAUGGGUGGUGAAGCUGUGUCAGGAGAAAGGUAGGGAGGUCCUUCUUUGGGAACCCGGCAUGGGCUGGGCUCCGGUAUGUGAGUUCUUGAGCAAGAAGGAGCCUGAGGCCGGCGUCCCGAGAACCAACGACCGGGGCAAGAUGGAGAAGGUUGUCAGCUGGAGGAUUAGUCUAGGGUUGAAGCUCUGGAUGAGCAGGAUUUGUGUGCCAGUCGCUUUCUCUGUCCUCGGCGGGUACGGAGUAGUGAGGGCGAUGCAAUUGUAA